AUGGAGUACUGCGGCGCGGGUUCGGUCACCGAUCUGGUCAAAUCCACGAAAGGCCAGUCUCUGCGCGAGGAAUGGAUCGCUUAUAUCUGUCGCGAGAUCCUCAGAGGCUUGAGCCAUCUGCACGCCAAUAAGAUCAUUCACCGCGACAUCAAGGGUCAGAACGUGUUGCUGACGGACAACGCGGAGGUGAAGCUCGUGGACUUCGGCGUCAGCGCCCAAUUGGACAGAACCAUCGGCAGGAGAAACACGUUCAUCGGGACGCCGUAUUGGAUGGCGCCGGAAGUGAUCGCGUGCGACGAGAACCCGGACGCCACGUACGACAACCGCUCCGACUUGUGGUCGCUCGGCAUCACUGCGCUGGAGAUGGCGGAGAACACGCCGCCGCUGUGCGACCUGCACCCCAUGCGCGCGCUGUUCCUCAUUCCGCGCAAUCCGCCGCCGCGACUCAAGUCGAAGAAGUGGUGCAAGAAGUUCCAGUCGUUCAUCGAGACGGUGCUCGUGAAGGACUACCAGCAGCGCCCCUACACGGACCAACUGUUGAAACACCCGUUCAUCAGAGACCAGCCGACGGAGCGUCACGUGAGGAUCCAGUUGAAGGACCACAUCGACAGGUGUCGCAAACACAAGAGGGGCGAAAUGGACGCGCGCUUCCACAACAACGACGACGACGACGACGAGGACGACAGCAGCGCCGCCAACCACGACGCCUCGCGACACGCGGAGCUCGACUCCACGCUCCGCAGGAACGACGCCACUCUCACCGAACGCAAACCGGGGCCGUCGCGCGACGCGCCGCCGCCACACCCGGCCAACCGGCCGCUGCCCGUUCCGCCCAAUCGGGUGAUCGUGGUGCCGGAUCUGCCGCCGCCGUCGAAGCCGUUGCCGCCCAUCCCGGCGGAAGAGAAGCGCCGCAACUCUGGUCUCUUCAAAGUGGCGCAAAGACCCGAGGAUUUGGACGUUUUGGUGAACCAGUUGACGGAGUUGGGCGCCAACAACGGUAACCAUAACAACGCGGCCAACAAACAGCGGAAACCCAAAACACGACAACAGGAAGCGAAACAGACGCCGCCUCUGCCGCCACCUGUCGUCGACUCGGACGACGACGAAGAGGAGACCGAAGACUCGCGCACUCGCAAUGACGGCACGCUCCUGGCGUCGGAUCCGCCGCGACCAUUAGCCGAGAGCCACGCCCCCAACCGACCGUUGCCGCCGCCGCCAGACGUGUCGCCGCCGACCAAACCGCUGCCGCCGAUUCCGCGCGAAGACAGCGACACUCUGGUGCUGCGGAGGGAUGUGCCGCGCGCUCUGCCCGACCUGUUGUCGCAACACGUGGAAAAGUCGGACGAAGUGUCGAACCUUUUGUUGCAAUACAGACAGAGCUGCGGUCAGACUCCGCCCCUUCUGUCCAACAAACAGCGCUCUUUCCUCACGUUCGGCUUCUCGGCGUCGGGAACGCCGUCGCCGCGGCGCGAGUCGCACGUGAACGUGAACGUGUCGCCCGCUCUGCACGCGGACACGCCAGAGAUCCGCAAAUACAAGAAGCGCUUCAACUCUGAGAUCCUGUGCGCCGCGCUGUGGGGCGUGAACCUCCUGAUAGGGACGGAGAGCGGACUGAUGCUGCUGGACAGGAGCGGCCAGGGCAAGGUGUACCAGCUCAUCUCGCGGCGCCGCUUCCAACAGAUGGAAGUGCUGGAGGGACAGAACAUCCUGAUCACCAUCUCGGGCAAGAAGGCGCGCGUGCGCGUCUACUACCUCUCCUGGCUCAAGAGCAAGAUCAUCAGGACCGACGGCCAAAUAGAGAAGCGCGCGGGCUGGAUCAACGUGGGCGACCUGCAGGGCGCCAUCCACUUCAAGAUCGUGGUUUGGCUGAUUCCGCAACACGUGUCCAAAGACUGGGAGAACACGUUUCGCAUCUGGAGCGGAAACGUCAAGUACGAGCGCAUCAAGUUCCUGGUGAUCGCGCUGCGCGACUCGGUGGAGAUCUACGCGUGGGCGCCCAAACCCUACCACAAGUUCAUGGCCUUCAAGUCGUUCUCCGAGUUGGCGCACAAACCCCUGCUCGUCGACAUGACCAUCGAGGAGGGGCUGCGUUUGAAAGUCAUCUACGGCUCGCAGCACGGCUUCCACGCCGUGGACCUCGACUACGGCUCCGUCUACGACAUCUACAUCCCGCAACACAGCCAAUCGGCGAUCACGCCGCACACCAUCAUCACUCUGCCCAACUCGAAGGGACUGCAACUCCUGCUCUGCUACGACAGUAAGUGUUGUGCUGUGAUUGGUCCGCUCUCAUUGGUUCUCAUUGCAGACGAGGGCGUGUACGUGAACACGUACGGCAAGGUGUCGAAGAACGUGGUGUUGCAAUGGGGAGAGAUGCCGACGAGCGUGGCCUUCAUCGGCACGGGCCAGAUCAUGGGCUGGGGCAAUAAGGCCAUCGAGAUCCGCGGCGUCGAGACCGGCCAUCUGGACGGCGUGUUCAUGCAUAAGAAGGCGCAGAAACUCAAGUUCCUGUGCGAACGCAACGACAAGGCAUGUGUUCUUCUCGUCGGCCAAAAGCGGCUCUUCGUGUCAGAUCUACUUCAUGACGCUGAACAAGCCGGGAAUGGCCAACUGGUGAUGUCACGUGUCAUAAGCAACGCUCAAAUUUCUUAAUUUUGUAAAAUAAACUUUCUUUCGCGUAAUUUA